ACAAGAAGCCAAAGACCAACUGCUUUCUCACAACUGCUCUUGUUUUUCUGUAACAUUUUUCUCUCUUAGGUAGGUUCUCAGUAAAGCUUUUUCUGGGUUUCUCAGUAAAACUUUUUCCUGGGUUUCUCAGUAAAGCUUCCUGUGAGUGUGUGUGUAAUGGAAAAGCUGAGUUUGGAUCAUUUGCCACCUGGGGUCAGAUUUAGUCCAAAGGACAAGGAGGUCAUUGAACUCUACCUGAAGAAGAAGAUCACAGGGAAUGAUAAAGACAUUUGGUUUAUUCCCGAAAUUGAGUUCUAUAAAGAUGAGCCCUGGGAUUUACCAUCUAAAAGUAGGAUUGCUACGGAGGAUCAAGAGUGGUUCUUCUUCAAUGAACAGAGCCUGAAGCAUCAGGACGAUAAUCCAAAAAAGAGAAAAAGGGAUCCCAAACAAGAAAGGGUGAACAGGAAAACCAAGGCUGGGUUCUGGAAAUCAACUGGUACAGAUAGGGAAAUCAAGUCUGGAGAGAGCUUGAUUGGAAUGAAGAAGACUCUGGUCUUCCAUAUGGGGACCACUAAGGGAAAAGAGAAGGGAAAAGGGACUAAGUGGGUCGUGCAUGAGUACAGCACAACCCAGAAGGACUUUGAUGGAAAACAUCCCGGUCAGAAGGCCUUUGUCCUUUAUCGUUUAUUCAAUAAUCGAGAAAAGAGCACCAAUGGUGGACCUGCUGCUUCACUUGAUACCUCAUCUCGUAUUGAAGAAAUGAAGUCUAAGUCAUCGCUGGCUCCUGUAUCUCCAGCAUUGGAUGUUCAAGCUGAAACUCAUCAAACAAGUAAUCAAUCUUGUUAUGCUAAAAUUCCUGAUGAAAUGUUAUCUGAUGCUACAGCACCUGUUCCAUGUGAAAAUGCUUCUGUUGCAGAAAAACAGGAGGCAGAAAUGACAUCUUCUGAGGAUGAAUUUAAUGUGGAGGAAUUUUUGAAUAAUCUCUUCCCAUCCACAUUUAAUUUUUAUGUGGACGAAAUGAUGUCUGAUGCUACAGCACCUAUUCAAUUUAAAAAUGGCAACUUCAACUCUGAGGUUGACCAGGAUUUGGAGAAAGCCCCCAAAAUGUUCUACCCCCAUCCACCCGAGCCAUUAGAUUGCAACUUUUCCUCCAUAUCAACUAUAACUACCGCUACACCGGCUGUUUCUUCUCCUACCACAGCUAAAGCUUCUCUUGAAGAAGCACAGUCUAUGCUAGCACCAGCUUCAGUUUGUGAAGCUGACAAUUAUCCCAUGAGUUUUCAAUGUUAUCCAGCAGAAAAUUAUGAUGGAAUAUCAUCUAGCAGUAUACCACCCAUUAAGUACAUUGGUUAUAACACUUGUGUUGCAAAAAAUGAUGUGGUAGAAAAAACAUCUGAUGAGAUGCAAGCGGAUGACUGCUUUUGUUACAAGUCUAGCAGUCAAAAUAAUCUUACUUUUGAUGAUGAAACCCAGGAAAACAUGGUUUCUGCACAGAUAAAUUGGUCUUCUGAAAACUUAUCUUGCAUUGUUAUUAUGUGCAACAGUUUGAUCAAGAGUAUCAAGAUUUGUUGUGGCUUGAAGAUAUCAUCAAAAGUCCAAAGGUUUCACCAGGGUUGUAAAAAUCAGGAUCAUAUCUAGGAUCUGAGGGAGGGUCUUCAGAUCAGAUCAUAGGAUCUGAUUGAAGAUCAUAAAAUUUUACAAUUAAAGGA